AUGAAUUUUGCUUCCUUUCUUUCGCGAAUAGAGACAACCAUCGACAAGGCUCUUUCCACCUCCACAGAUUCUUCUUCCGAUACAACAACACAACAACAGCACGAAAACACAAAAACUCCAAGCAAGAAUGUAUCCACACCUGUCAAAAGUUCAUCAUCAGCUUUGUUAUCCAAAACACCCUCCUCUGAUCAAGUCAACAAACAACUGAAAACACCCACAACAACGCUAAAUGGUGGCAGUACCACAAAUGUUGCGUUUAAUCCGAACCGAUGCAUUCGAGUCAAAUUGGGAGAUGCUUCACAGGAAGAUCCAGAAGUGAAGGAGUUAAAAGAACAAAUUGAAGCAUUGUCAAAAGCUUCUAAAUAUCAUCAAGAACAAUAUGAAGAGGCAACUAAAACAAUUAAUGAUUAUUCAAAUAAGAUUAAGAUUUUAGAAAAGGAAAAACAAAAAAUUCAAACAAGCUUUGAUGAUUUAACAAUGGAAACAAAAGAAAAAGAAAAACAAUUCGACACACUUAAAGAAGAAUUUAGCACCAGACUGGGAAAGGAGGAAAACAAGACAGCCAUUUUGAGAAGAGAUAAAGAACAGUUGAAGAAAGAGCUUCAGGCGAAAGAAAAAACCAUAUCAGAUCUAACAUCACAGCUUGAAAAAGAAACUCAAGAAAAAGAAAAUUUAAAGCAACAAAAAGAAAAAUUGGAACAACAAUUAAAGGAACAUGAACAAAAGAAGACUGAAGAAAAAAUUGAGUUACAAAACUCGCAAAUCACAACUCACUUAAAACAAAUAGAGUCACUUGAAAAAUCAGUCACUGAAUUGACAAAUGAAAAUGAACAGAAUAAGAAAAUAAUUAAGGAUUUACGUAAGGAAUACGACCUUGAACUUGAAAUGAAAUUGGCAGAAGUAGCCAAGAAGUACGAAAUUGAAUUAACUGAACUGCAUAAAACGCUAGAGCAAUUACGAGAAAUGGUUUCAACUGUAAAUAAGACAAGCGAAGAAAAAGUAGAAGUACUCAAAAAAGAAGCAGAGUCUUGGAUGAAAAAGUAUCGAGAACUUGAGGAGCGAUCUCAAGAAAUUUUCACACUGGUGCCCGAUGCUACAAAGCCACUUUUGGAGCAGAUUAACUCUCUUGAGAAAACGACAGCAGCCAAAACAUCUUCAUUCACGGAACGUGAGAAGAAGUAUCAAGCCAAGCUUCAAAUCGCAGAGAAUAAUCUCAAAAUGUCAGAACAGGAGGUUAUUCGAUUAAACAAACUGAACGAUAGACUCAAGCAAACAAAUGUGGAAUUGGAAAAGGAGGUUUCAGAGUUGAAGGAGACAUUUAUAGCUGAAAAACACAAAUCCGAUCAAGAGCGAACAAAGAGGAUACAAUUAGAAAUGACAGUGAGCUCGUUACAGAGCUCAUUAGCGAGAGCGCAAGAAGAAAAUAGAUAUUUAGAUCAGCAAAUGAACGAACUCAACACGACAAUAUCCAGGCUUAACUACGAGAUUGAGGUUCUAUCACAGAACAACCACCACAUAUCACUUCACGAUAAACAUCCAAGUCAUCGAUCUCCAAAAACGCCAAGUCCUGAAGCACAAAGUCCUGAGUCUUUGGUGAUUGAAAAAACUAAUGUCAACCAAGAGGCAGGAUUGUCAUCACCUACAACUGUUAACUCGAGUUUACUGGCUCCAACUGAGUUAGAAGAAGAAUUACGGCAGAAGGACUUGAAAAUCAAAACACUUUAUGAGAAAAUUAGAGAAUUGGAAGAAAUUAAGGACGAUCUGACAGAACGAUUGUCCAUGUACAAACAGACAAAUCAAACUCUCGCAAAUGAAAUUAAGGAAAAGGAAAUAUUGGUCAAACAGGCCAACGAUCUGACCUAUCGAUACGAAGCAGCUUUGGAUUUGAUUGGCGAAAAGGAAGAAACACUUCAGAGUCUCCAAGAAGAGUUUAAAUAUGUGAAGGAGACGUUUAGAAAUCAAGUUAAUGAUCUUUUGAAAGAAAUUGAAUCACUCAAGUCCGUCAAGUAG